UGGUUAUCAUCGCUGUGUCCUGAUGCUGUUUUAAUGAAUGAGAUUUGCUGGAUUUGCUGCGUCACUCUGCUGUGCUCACAUCCAAGCAAUUUUUUUUAUUUUUUUUUAGCUGAAUCAUGCCCCUCUUUCCAAUGUGUCCUCAACGUAGAGUGGUGACUAAUCGAACAAUGCUGCUUUUACAACCACAUGGGUUCUCAAUCUGUCUCUUUGUCUCUCGUAAGCACACUUGUUCUAUCUCGAUCUGUCUUUUCCUCUCCUCUUUUCCUGUCCCCCCUCUAGCCCGUCUGCUAAGCACUCAGCCCAUUCACAGCUGAUAAGACAGGUUCAGUAAUACGUCAGAGGAGACAUUAGCAGAGAGAAGGACAAGGAGAACAGACGCAAGACUCUAAACAGAUGAAACGGUUGAUGGGAAGUAAUAAAGGUUAGACGAGAGACUGUUCGAGGGUCUGAUGCACCGGUGAGGAGGGGGCAAAGAGGACUGCCCACAGGAACGAGUGGAAGUAAAGCCUCAACAUGUUUUUCUGUCACGUUCUGGACCUGUUAGACCAGGCCCGAUGACGGAGAGGUGUUCAAAUCGACGUUAAUACGGAAAGGACUGUUAUUAUGUGAGUCACGACUCCUGUGGCGGAGAGAAGACGCACUCCGGAGAACGUAGUGCUCAUGUACAUGGAUGUUUCAGCGACCUGCGGGUGAAAAAAUAGCCAGCUUGAGAACUAUUGUUGGAGGACAGCUGUGUAUAACAACUCGAUGCUUCAUCUUAUCAGGCAUAAGACGAGUCUCAAGAAGUUUUUAAAAGUGGAUUUUGACAUUCAGAGAACCAACUGUGGAGACAGAUGCUCCGCUGAGACUUUUUUGAAUGUGAAGGUUCCUAUUGGAUUUUGUUCGAAAACCCCUGUGGCAUUGAUAGAUGAACAAAUAACAUCUUUGAGAAGAACUGAAAUAUAUGAAAUAGUGAGUGCAUUAGCCAUCUUUUUGGGUCUUUGCUAUCAUGGGAUAAUCUGAAGAUACUAAACUGCCUCAUCGUUUAAUCUUAAAAACAUCCUGUUUUUUCGGAGUCAGCGUAUUAUUUUUCUUCUUCCCAACCUGAUUCUUGUUCGUUUGUCUUUAGUUUCUUAUUUAGUUUCGAGACAUUAAGAAAGUAGCAUUCAAACAUCUUAGAAGGUGUUAAAAGCUUCAAGGAACCCUUGUCAAUCUCAGCCGUGGCUCUCAUCGUUGGGGAAUGGGGUAACACACAGAGAGAUGGUGGUCACACAGUUAGAGCUGGAGCUCUGUUAUCAGGGGAAGAAGCUCAGAGGUUUCACCUGCAAGCUCACCCGGUCAGCUCAUGGCUUCCUACCAGAGAGCUCUUACAUCAUUGCUGCACAGGUCUUUCUGCCGUUUCUUCUGGGCGGGCUGGGUAUGGUGGCGGCCGGCAUCGUCAUGGAUAUUGUCCAACAUUGGGAUGUGUUUAAAGUGAUCACAGAGGUGUUCAUCCUGGUACCUGCUCUAGUCGGGCUCAAGGGAAACCUGGAGAUGACUCUCGCAUCUCGUCUCUCUACUGCUGCUAACACCGGACAGAUGGACGACCCCAAACAGCAGUGGCUGAUGGUGACCUGUAAUCUUGCUCUCAUUCAGGUUCAGGCCACUGUGGUGGGCUUCCUGGCAGCUCUUGCGGCCGUAGGUCUUGGUGCUUUGUCCAGAGGGGGUGUAGAGCUGGACCAGGCGGCUGUCCUGUGUGCUAGCAGUGUCACCACCGCAUUUGUGGCAGCUCUCUCCUUAGGUCUGGUGAUGAUUGGUGUGAUCAUCGGCUCCAGGAAGGUGGGCAUCAACCCUGAUAACGUGGCCACACCAAUAGCAGCCAGUCUGGGAGAUCUCAUCACUCUUUCUCUAUUGGCUGGAGUCAGCAGCACACUGUUCCAGUACAGAGAUGUGUGGUACUUGUCCCCGUUGGUGUGUGUCUUCUUCCUGCUGCUCAUUCCUCUCUGGGUGUUCAUCGCUAGAAAGAGUCCACAGAUUAAAGAGGUUCUGAAGUUGGGCUGGCAGCCUGUUUUAGUGGCCAUGUCCAUCAGCAGUUUCGGUGGCCUUAUUCUUGAUAAGACUGUGAGCGAUCCGAACUUUGAGGGCAUGGCAGUCUUCACACCAGUCAUAAACGGUGUGGGGGGGAAUCUGGUGGCCAUCCAGGCCAGUCGGAUCUCCACUUACCUUCAUUUGUGGAGCGUACCUGGAGUCCUGCCCUAUAAGAUGAGACAGCACUGGCCCAACCCCUGUGCCACAUUCUUCUCCUCAGGUGUGAACUCGAAGUCGGCGCGGGUGCUGUUCCUCCUGGUGGUUCCAGGUCAUCUGUUGUUUCUUUUCGCCAUUAAUAUGCUCCAAGGAGGCCACACUGCCAUCACACCAGCAUUUAUCUGCUGCUACCUGAGUGCUGCUCUGCUUCAGGUCGGGAUCCUCAUUUAUACAGCAGACCUGAUUGUGCGUUUGAUGUGGAGAAAAGGUCUGGACCCAGAUAACUUCUCCAUCCCAUACCUGACUGCACUGGGAGACCUGUUGGGCACGGGUUUCCUGGCCUUGUGUUUCCGUCUGGUCAUGUUAGUGGAGUAGCUCGGUUUGUAAAAUGCUAGACCUCCUCUCCCCCCCCUCCCACCUCCCAGUUCACAGGACCUUUGCCACCCAGCCUGGCUGCAAUGCUUUGGAGAUGCGAACUUGUCUGUGGGAAGCUAAAGACAGAAAAUGAGCCACAUUGUUUCUGUGCUUACAGGACAUGUUGAGUGGAAAUAUGAAAUACAUCGGCAGGUAUGGACUUAAUAUCUGACAGUCUGUAAUAUGAUUAUACUCUUGGUGUGUUGUCCUGUUGCCUCAGUGAUGCUGCUUUCAUAAACACUAGCCACCUGAUAACUGUAUAA